AGUUCCCUCCCACUCAGUCCAACCAUCCACAAGGUCUCUGAAGCUCACCUCACCUCACUUUCCAAAAAACAUUGUACACUGGAUUGUCACUCUGGAUUAUACUGUCAUACCCACUUUGAAUUCUGGGGCCUGCAGGAGAGAUAUCUGGAAUUAUUAUCACCUGAUAAUGAUGCUGCCCCGGUGCUGAUUCAGGGUGUGAGUGCUGGAGAAUUUACAGACACCUUGGUAACACUGACUGAGUGACAGGCCAGACUUGGGACAGCUUGAUGGUGGUAAUAAGUUAAAAAAAAAAAAUAGACUGAAAGCAAGGUCGAGAUGGAAUUACGACUGGGAUUAAGGAUCACCCUGGUCUUUGUCAUCCUGGUUUUGACUCUUUCCGGUGAGACAGUGGAAGCAGCACAGAGGGCAGGAUGUAAAAACGUCCACUAUGACUUAGCAUUCAUCCUGGACACCUCAUCCAGUGUUGGAAAAGACAAUUUUGAGAAGAUCCGGCAAUGGGUGGCCAACAUCGUGGAGUCUUUUGAUGUGGCCCCUGACAAGACGAGAGUCGCCGUGGUGCGCUACAGUGACAGACCCACCACUGAAUUCAACCUGGGUAAACACAGGACCCUGGAGGAUGUGAAGCAAGCCGCCCGUAACAUACGCUACCUGGGGGGAAAUACAAUGACUGGUGAUGCUAUCAGCUACACCACCACCAACAUCUUCACCGAGCGAAACGGAGCAAGGCCGGCGGCCAGAGGUAUCCAGAAGGUGGCCAUCCUUCUCACAGAUGGCCGAAGCCAGGAUUAUGUUCUUGAGCCCUCCAAGGAAGCUGCCAAAGCUGGCAUCCGGAUGUUUGCUGUUGGCAUCGGGGAGGCUUUAAAGGUAGAGCUGGAAGAGAUUGCGGCCGAGCCAAAGAAUGCACACGUCUUCCAUGUGACGGACUUUAAUGCCAUUGACAAGAUCAGGGGCAGGUUGCGGAGGAGGCUGUGUGAAAAUGUCCUGUGUCCAAACAUGAAGGUCCAACCUGAUCGCUUUAAGCCCAACAGCACCAGUUAUGGUCUUGAAGAGGUUCCAGGGUUCGACCUGAUGGAGCACUUCAAUGUGAGAGAUAUUCUGGGAACCAGAGAUGAUGAUGGCCAGAGUUCUUACGUACGCCUUGGCACCAUGCCAAUUGUACAGCAAACAGAGGACGUGUUUCCUCAAGGGCUGCCUGAUGAAUACGCCUAUGUGACAACGUUCAAAUUCAGGAAAACCUCAAGACGUGAGGACUGGUAUCUCUGGCAGGUUUUCGACAAAUAUGGUAUCCCACAGGUGUCCAUCCGCCUGGAUGGAGAGAACAAGGCCGUGGAGUACAACGCUGUCGGACUGACAAAGGACGCUGUCAGAGCUGUGUUCAAGAACCAAGAAGUCGACAAUCUGUUUGAUCGCAACUGGCACAAGAUCGCCCUCAGUGUGGAGGCCAAGUCUGUGUCUCUGUACCUGGACUGCAAACACAUCCAGACUCUGCCCAUUGAAGACAGGGAGGACAUUGACAUCCAGGGCAAGACAGUGAUUGGGAAGAGACUAUAUGACAGUGUGCCAAUUGAUUUUGACCUACAAAGGAUGAUGAUUUACUGUGACUCCAAGCAUGCAGAGUUGGAAACCUGCUGCGAUCUACCCAACGGACCUUGCCCAAAGAAAGUCGUUACAGAGGCCCCCCCUGUGCAGAUCCCCACUCCAACACCUACAGUUGCGGAGCAACAGAGAGGACCUCAAGCAAACUGCUCUUGCCCUCCAGGAGAGAAGGGAGAGAAUGGUUCGUCCGGUGCAGCAGGUCCUAAGGGUGAAAAGGGGGACUCUGGCCUUAAGGGCGCCGUGGGACCAACUGGAAACAAAGGAGAUAAGGGAGAAACUGGCAAAGUAAUCUCUGUCAAAGGUGACAGAGGUGAGAAGGGUGAUAGAGGAACAUUAGGGUUAACAGGUGCUGCUGGACAAAAAGGAGAGAAGGGACUUGGAGGUUUACCCGGUAUUGAUGGCUUAUCUGGAGACAAAGGAGACAAAGGUGCCACUGGGGUGCCUGGAGGAGAAGGGAUGCCAGGUCCAGCAGGAUUAAAGGGAAUUCAAGGGGAUGCAGGGAUGGUGGGCCUACCAGGUCCUAAAGGAGUAACUGGUGAAGCUGGUACAAGAGGUGAAAAGGGAGCUCCGGGAGUAAACGGCCUGGCAGGUUUGGAUGGAUUCCCUGGCAAGCCUGGUGUCCCUGGGCAAGAUGGGUUGAGAGGAACUGUUGGUGCACCCGGAGCAGGAGGCAUUAAAGGCACCAAGGGAGAGAGAGGCCUUCCCGGAUUACCUGGGGAUGUGUUUCAAAAAGACGGACUUCAGGGUGAAAAGGGAGUUUCUGGACCUCCUGGGCCUCCAGGGGCUGAUGGUCCCCCGGGGCCUCCUGGUCCUCCUGGUCUUCAGGGGCUACCCGGAAGUCCCGGAGAGUUUGGCCAGAGGGGGAAAAAAGGUGAAAGUGGAUUGCCUGGAGUGGACGGCCUUCCUGGACCUCCUGGUCCUCAGGGUCCAGCUGGGCAAGCAGGAAUUCGAGGACACACUGGACCUCCUGGUCUACCUGGUGAAAUUGGAUUUUCAGGCAAACCUGGAGAGCCUGGAAAAGAGGGUCUUCCUGGUAAAGACGGUUUGGACGGACUUCAAGGAAAUGAUGGUGCAACGGGACCCAGGGGUGAGCGUGGAGCAGAUGGUUUUCCUGGCAAGCCUGGGCCUAAGGGUGACGACGGGCCUCCUGGACCAAGGGGACCUCCAGGGGAGAGAGGAGAAGCUGGUUCCCCUGGACCAGGAGGUGCAGUUGGAACAAGGGGAGACAGGGGUGUUCCAGGAGAAAGAGGACAGGCUGGACCAUUUGGACCAAAAGGUGAAAAGGGCGACAAGGGUGAAGUGGGAGCAGGGGGACCGCCUGGCAUUCCAGGAAAUGGAUUACAUGGAGUGAAAGGAGAUAAGGGCGAUCAAGGGAAUCCAGGAGAGCUGGGUCAACGAGGGUUACCUGGUGAACAAGGCUUUAAGGGACCAGCAGGACCAGUGGGACCAAAAGGUGACAGUGGACCUGCAGGCGAGACAGGGCGUGUUGGAGACCCUGGUCCACCUGGCAUAGCUGGUCUUCAAGGUUCUCGUGGAUUACCAGGGAAUGUGGGCAUACCAGGGAUCAUCGGGCCUCCUGGUCCAGCUGGGCAGAGAGGGGACAAGGGAGAAUCAGGUAAACCAGGACAAGCAGGUCCCGCAGGCCCAUCCGGCGAGCCCGGUUUGAUAGGACCACCCGGACCCCCAGGGAAAGGGAAAGAUGGCCAAAAUGGAGACCCAGGACCACAGGGGAUACAAGGACCCCCAGGGCUAAAGGGCCAACCAGGGUCAAGGGGAGAAGCCGGGGUGCCAGGAGAGACAGGUCCUGCAGGAGAAGGCAAAAUGGGUCAACAGGGGCCUCCAGGAAAUAAUGGACAACCAGGAUCUGCGGGCUUGAGGGGUCCACCAGGAGUUGCUGGUCCUCAGGGCCCAGCUGGACAUAACGGUUUGCCAGGAAGGCCAGGAGAAAAGGGGUCACAAGGAGAGCCUGGAAAGGCCGCAGAUAUCUCUGACCUGAAUCUGAAGGAUGUAUGCUCAGACUGCCCCGCAGGUCCUUCUGGACCACCAGGUCUCCCAGGAAUCCCAGGAGACAAAGGACACCCGGGAACUCCAGGGAAAGAUGGUCAAGAUGGUUUCCAGGGAGCGCCGGGACUGGCUGGACCUCAAGGGCCCCCUGGAACCGAUGGAGGAAAGGGUCUUAAAGGUGAUAAAGGAACUCCGGGCAGCCCUGGAGACAAAGGAGACAAGGGUCACCCAGGACCCCCUGGUCAUCCCGGUACACCUGGCUUAAUGGGUGCACCUGGUAACGAUGGCCAGCCCGGCCCUGUUGGCCCCCCGGGGUCCCCUGGAGAAAAGGGUAAAGAGGGUCUCAAAGGAAUCCAAGGCCCGCCGGGUCUACCUGGCUUAAUUGGUCAACCUGGGAAAAUGGGGAAAGAUGGUAGACCUGGUGAAACGGGAGAACCUGGCAAACAAGGUGAACCUGGACCACAAGGGAAUCCUGGGCUUAGAGGUCUCCCGGGCUUUAAGGGCCACAGAGGAGAAUCUGGAACUCCCGGCACGAAGGGAGAAGAUGGAAAGUCUGGACUACCUGGACGUGAUGGAAAACCUGGGAAGGAGGGCCCAAUUGGACCUUCAGGCCGAGAAGGACUAAAUGGACCGAGAGGAGAGACGGGGCAGCCAGGGGAGCCUGGACCAUCAGGAAAAGGUGGCCUCCCUGGAACUCCAGGUCUCAGGGGAGACAAGGGAGAGCCUGGCAGCCCAGGAUUACCCGGCUUUAGUGGGCCUAAAGGUCCCACGGGUCCUCCUGGUCCCAUUGGCCCCGAGGGGAAACAGGGCAUGCCAGGCAGAGUUGGUGAUCGUGGACACAAAGGAGAUAAGGGAGAUCCAGGUACGAAGGGAGAUAAAGGACACUCGGGAGAAUCAGGGAUUCCUGGAAACCCUGGACCCCCAGGCAGAAAGGGCCACACAGGGAUGAUGGGCAUGUCAGGACCGCCAGGAGAAAUAGGAGCUCCAGGGUCCCAAGGACCUUCAGGAAACCCUGGUAUCCCAGGACAAAGGGGAGAGUCAGUAUCACUGGAGCAGAUGAGACGGCUCAUCCAGGAGGAGCUGGCAAAACAAUUAGAUGCUAAAAUGGCGUACCUCAUGGCUCAGUUCCAGCCGGCCCACGUGAAGAGCACAGCUGGUCGUCCAGGACCUCCAGGCCCUCAGGGUAAAGACGGCAAUUCUGGACGACCUGGGCCACCUGGAGAACCCGGUAUGCCCGGACAGAAUGGAGGAGAAGGACCCAGAGGACCCAUGGGUCCUAAAGGUGAGAAGGGAACCAAAGGAGAAAAGGGAGAUGCUGGUAUCGGAGAAAGAGGAGUGCAAGGACCCAGUGGCCCCAUAGGUCCAGCCGGUCUGCCUGGAUAUGGUAAAGACGGAAGCCCAGGACAAGCUGGAGCCCAGGGAGAGCCAGGAAACCCCGGCCCCCACGGACAGUCCGGACCUCCAGGUCCUCCUGGACAAUGUGACCCCAGCCAGUGUGCCUACUAUGCCAGCCUGGCACAAAGACCCCACACCAAAAAUGUAAAGGGGACUUAAAAAAAAAGAAGAGAUACAAAGAGCUUGAAGUCCAGCUGUAUUUAUGAACUUGGUUGUGUCCGUCUGAAUCAAGAACUUUUUACUUUUCAAGAUCACCUCAGUAUGGAGGGCUGAAGCAAUAUGUGCUGCCGGUCAGAUUCAUUGUUUUGUUUGUUUUUGGUAUGAAGUUUGGGAUGAUGAGCUUUAAGCAUUGAGGAACAUUAUCAGAUUAAAUAUGCGGUAAAGAGGGCAGCUAAACAGUUUUUCUUUUCUCUUCACUUGCAUGCUUCCUGUAAAGUAUAUAGGAAGAGAGCAAGGAUGACGCAAUUCUCUGCUCCUGAACAGCCCCAUCGGGAGUAAAGAUUUGGGUAUAUGAGAUUUCAUCAAUAAUCUUCAAAAAAUUCAGACAGGCAUUUCCUUCAGGAUUUGUCUGCACCUCAGUUUUUUUUCUCCCGCUUCACACUAUUUUGCAUCAAUUACAAUUCGCAGCCCACACUGUCCUGCACGACAUAAUAGAUGUGAGUUACUGCACACUAAAUUGAUUUCUUCCAGAGACCCUUUACCUGUCUAUUGGUAAUAACUCAGUCAAGACAACUAUCUGUUAUAUUGUCAUUGAUGGGAAUGGUAGGUACUGACCGUGUGAGGCACCAUUUCAAAUACCAAUAGUGAUUUUGUGUGGGAGGAGUGCUAAUGAGUUAACGUGGGGAGUGAUGAAUGACCACAUUUGUGCUUUCCAUGCUUCCAAGCUGGAGGUAGUGUUCUUAUGCAGCUCUGUUUUGUGUUGUAUUAGCAUAUCAUCACAAAAUAAAAUAACUUUAGGAAAAAAAUCCCCCCUUAACCAAAUUUAACAAAUUAUUCCCAAUUUGAACCUGUUUGUUCAAUUUAGGCAGCAGCAAAACAGACUUUUUUUUCUGGAAAUAACUGUCCAUCAAAGGUUUAUUUGAAAAUGUGUCAAAUAUAUCCCAUAAAUCUAACAUACUUUUGAUUGAUUCCUUCAAACUCACCCACAGGAGGCUCAUUCAGUGUAAAGGAGAAAAGUGGAGGCAGGAAGAAAUGUCAUUGAUUUGUACUUUUUAUGUUCUAAUGAAGUGGCUCUGGUCAUUCUCUCAUUGAGGUAUGCAUAGACUUGAGCAGUAAACAGCUUUAAGGAGGUGGUAUAAUUGCUGCCUUUGUUCACCUUUCCUGAAAAGCUGCCUGUUUCACGGUGCUCUCUCUAAAUGUGUCAUUUCCUUUCUGCUCGCUGAGGCUUAUUAAGUGCCUACGCUGUGGCAGUGCCCGGGCAGCUCGGCGCUGCUGUGAAAAGACAUUGCUUUUCUUAUUUGUCCCCUGGAACCUUAAAUUGGAGAGCUGCUUCCCUGCAUCCUGAUGACCCGAGCAUUGUGAAAACCAUUUCAAAGAUGUUUUGCCUUUCGUCCCUCAUGGACCAAUUAAACCUCUCCCCAGUCUCAAACUUACUGGUCAUCUAGAACCUAUUUAAUAGCCCCUCCACAGAAGGGAUCGCAUUUGUCUUCUUUUACAAAACAUGAAGAAAAGCUUCUGCACAUAUAAAGACAAGAAGGAAGUCGGAGGACAAUCCUUUUAAGUAGAGUGCAGAAAUCAUUUGAGAGGUUGGCAAGACAAUCACUAUUACCUGGAGUCAAAGAUCCACAAUAUGUGCAAUUAUAGGUAUAAGCAUUCUUUCUCAGAUUAAGUAAUGGCAUGUCAUUAUAAGGAAUGUAUCUUUGACCUAACAGAUGUGUGUGUGUACAGCAGACUGGUUUACGCCUAACUUUCCUUUAAUGGUUGCUCUGAAGGUAGUAGACUCAUAAAGCUGUGCAUUUUUUAAUAAGUAACAUUUUCCUCCUGUAAAUGGAUCUCAUAUCAAACGAAAUACAAAUUUGCUUAAUUAGAUUAAUCUGACAUUUUGUUGGUACAACAUAAUUUGGUCUUGUAUGACCAUUAGUUUUUGGAGGCUAAAUUCAAAUGUGUUGGAAAAGGUUGAAUUCAAAGUUGACCAGUAUUACAAGAGACAAUUUCUACACAAUGGCAUCUGAUCCACAACAGUCAGAGCCUGUGUCCACAGACAGCGCAGAGUAGUGUCUCCUCCGCCAUUAUUGUUGACAAAGCUGAUAUCAGUAGUCCUGCCUCUUCUUGAUUUUGAUUUGUCGGUGAGGGGGAAUAGACAUUGACAAGUGUGGCGCUGUUCUAAAGUUGAACUUCUUUGAACUGAGAGCGCUGUGAGUACAGCGACAAAAAACUGCUGAUUGGUAUUGUAUUGAAAACCAGUCGCUUCCAGGGCAAAAAACACACAUAUAUGGGACACAGGCCCUUAUAUGUACAAGUUUUUAUACAAGUUGGCUGGCUCGUAGCCAAGGCAAGGUCUGAAGGUAGAAAACAAAUAACUGAAGAUUACUUAUUUUUAAUGAUCCAUGGUCAUGCCAUGAGCUUUAAACAUCCAACACAAUUCUUAAAAAUUAAUGGUUUAUAUUUAGCGAGGAAGCUAGGGUAACUAGCUACUUUCACUGUUACAUCAUUUGGCCCAAAAAAACCCUGAACCUGUUACUUCACUUCUGAGGUUCAGCUCUACAUAUGCCAUAUUCAUUUGCCUUCAAAGCAGCGCAGAAAUAUUUUAAACAUUAAAGCAGAAAACUGCUUUAAUUGCAAUAACGUUCAACUGUAGAGUAGAACCAAACUGCUCCUCAAAGCGUGAUUGGUAUGAAUGACCUGCUUUCUUGUCACUCUCAUAUCUUUCAGUUUGCUGUUUCUUUGUCAGUGGUUUAGUAAUGAACAUUUAAACCGUUGCAGUAUUGCAACUUUGUUGCUUUGUAAAUACAUGUUACAAUUACCAAUACACUACAGGUUGCUUCUACAUUGCUUUAAAUGGCUUAAAACUUUCCUAUGCAUAUAACACAAACAUCUUUCAUCACUCAUAUGAGCUAUUGUAGCAAAUUGAAAUAUCUUUUAAGUUAUAGUGCUAAAUUAUUCAGGAUUUAAACCAAUACAAAUGUGUCUUCAUGCCUUAUCACACAUUUAUUAACCUGAUUUCCUUAUCUUUUACUGAUGAAUUGGUGCUAGAAUAUUUUAAAUUAGUAACAUAGUGUAAGUAUGGGAAAGACAAAUGUACUGUACUGUAUAAUAAAGACUGGAAUGGAUUCAUUUUAUAA